CUCUUCACCUCCUGAUUCGCCUUUGGAAAGGGUAGAAGACCUACAGAACAGUAUCACAAUGUCUAUGGCCUCGGUACUCAACCCUCAGGACAUCGACAAAGCCCUUGCUGAAUGUGCCGCUGCGUUCAACCACAAGACAUUCUUCGCAACCAGCGGCCUGAGCAAGAAAUCAGAUGCCGAGCUCGCUAAAGUUUUCAACAUCCUCGACCAGGAUCAGAGUGGUUUCAUUGAAGUGGAGGAGCUGAAACUUUUCCUGCAGAAUUUUUCUUCGAAUGCAAGGAAACUGAAUGAUUCUGAGACCAAGGCGUUCCUUGAUGCUGGAGACAGUGAUCAUGAUGGCAAGAUCGGAGUUGAUGAGUUCAAGUGCAUGGUCAAAGCAUAAAGGAGCUAAAACAGAAGGCCACUCUCUCAAUGCUGAGCAGUUCAACACCUUUACUAUCAUCACACAUAGCAAGCACGUUUUUAUUUAUACAUUUUGAUACAGUUGAAUGACAUGAAUAAAUGUCUAAAUGUCGUUUCCUUUGUUGGAACUUUUUAACUGAGCAUUUUCUGUGCAGUCUAAUUGAUAUUUAUUGUUCAAUAUAUUAAUUGUGGAAAGAGCCUCAAAUCGCCAAAUUCACAAAAUAAUAAAG